AUGCCAUUUCUGACCGGAAUGCCUGCUGAAGUAGAGAUUGAAGUAGCAGAUGACGAUAUUGAUCGCGGAAUUUUUAACAGAAUGGUGAAAGUCAGUAGUAAAAUCAGUAUGUCUCACUCGUUUGUAUAUGCUGCGGUGAAGAAAGCUAUGCCGAAAGUGAAAAUAGAGGCAAUUAGCAGAAGCCAGACACCACGAGAAUAUGAGGUUACUGUGUCGUCUCCAGAAGAUGCUGAAAUAUUGAGAGAUUCAGAUCCAGUCAAUAUCGAUGGAGUAGUGGUUGUAUUUGGAAAUAACAACUUACGGAGAGUACAAUUUUCAAUUCACUGGAUGCCAAGGUACAUUAAAGAUUCGUUUUUAUACAACUUUUUCUCACAGUUUGGCAAUAUCAUUAGUAUUUAUGAAAGAUCAUCUGAAGGGGAGAAUGUUAAAAAUGGUAUAAGAGUAGUGGACAUGAGUUUAAGUCACAACAACUUCGGUGAAGUACCACACAUGAUCACGUAUAACAAAGGCACGUGUAGAAUGCUGAUAACGGCAAGAGGUCGCCUUCCUUUGUGUCUCCGAUGUCGCUGUAUCGGACACAAAGGAGGUGAAUGCCCAAAUUUAAACAAGCCGCCCACCUAUGCCGACAAGUUGUCCGGAAGAAAGAGAGAGGAUGUCCACGAUGAUGCGGAACAUCAGGAUGAUGUCCCCGAAGAUGUAGGAAAUAAAACUGGUAAUAAUAUUGAAAAUAUGAGUGAACAUUCUACAGAUGAUACAGAUAGCGAAGACAGCAUGGAAACUCAACCGUCAACAACACCGAAACGAGUUAGAGAUGAGGAAGAUGAAAAUGGAGAAUUUAAGCUGGUCGACCCCAAGAAGGCAGUUCGAGUGCGCAAGGGAAGUGAAGUUUCACUGGUGAAUACCUGA